AUGUCGAUAUCGGUGGUGUCGGCUGAACAAUUGGAGGCGCUGCGGGGCAUGUUUCCAGGGGAGACGCCAGAGGGCCUGCGGCGAGCGCUGCGAGAACACAAGGGCGACCUCGAUGCGACGAUCGAGGCCCUCCUCACGCAAGCCACGGCCGCCCCGCCCAAAAACAAAGGUGAUGGAGCCGUCGAUGACAAGAAGCCAUCAGCGAAUGGAUGGACGUGCCAGACCUGCACGUUCGAGAACGAGGUGGGCUGCCGCCGCUGCGCCAUGUGCGAAGGUCCUGGCCCCAACACAACCACCCCUGCCCCCAUCACACCGCCCAAGGGUGGAGAGGGAACGGACAACGCGGUGGUGGUGCCGCCCUGGUGGAACACAUUCUGGCACGAGCACCGAGCCACGCUCAACUGCGACGAACGCGCCGCCAAGGAGAUCUCUUUGCCGUGCGGCGGCCGCUUCAAGAACAGCCAGAUCCUCACCGUCGAUGUCAAGUCCAAGAUCUAUCGCCUGCUGGGCGCCGAGGAGGUGCACCACGUCGCGCCACCAGACAACGAUCAGGGCGACGACUACGAUGAUGAUGGUUUCAACCACGGCUUCUUUCCGCCUCCCGCCUUCCCCCGGCCUCCGCGCUACCGGCCCCUGGGCGGCGGACUCCACCCGCCCUAUCCCGCGCACCCCUCCUCCGGCGGCCUGCCCUAUCCUCCCUAUCCCGGCUAUCCGCACCACCGGGCCAUGGGCUAG